AUGACGAUGGACGAAAAGAAUGUGGUUGCAGACCUUACUAAGGUCGACACGCACGAAGCAGACAAUGAACAUAUCGAGACGAUUGCAGGAAGCACGGCCUUCAACGAUGCACUGAUGCGAGAGCACCCUACUGUAAUGAACUCGACCACCCUUCUGCUAUUCGCAUGCACUCUGCUUGGUUGCUUGUGCCAGUCAGNNACAAUGAACGGAUACGACGGAAGUUUGCUCAACGGCUUGCUCAUCAACCCUCAGUUCAAGACUUUCUUCCAUGGUUCGAAUGCUGGAAUUUGGGCUGGUAUCGUGUCGUCCAUGUACCAGAUUGGCGGUGUCGUUGCACUUCCCUUCGUCGGUCCUGCUAUCGACACAUGGGGACGUCGAUGGGGUAUGUUCAUCGGCUCGUUCAUCAUCAUCGUCGGUACAAUCAUCUCCGGAACCACGUUCAAUGAUGGAAAGCUUGGGCAAUUCAUGGGCGGCAGAUUCAUCCUCGGACCCAUCUAUGUCGUCGAGAUGUCUCAUCCCGCAUACCGAGGAAAGGUGACUGCUUACUGCAACACGUUCUGGUUCACUGGAAAUAUCGUCGCAGCAGGUGCAGUCCGAGGUGGCCUCAACCUGACGGGCAACUCUUCUUGGCUCUUGCCUCUCUGGCUCCAGUUGGCCUGCCCUGCAAUCAUUUGCGCACUUGUCUGGGCUAUCCCUGAGUCACCUCGAUGGCUCUAUGUUAACAACAAGCAAGAUUCGGCCACAGCGACUCUCGCCAAAUGGCAUGGCCAGGGCAACCCAGAAAGCGCUUGGGUCAAGCUACAACUUUCCGAGUACGAAGAUUUCUUGAAUUUGAACGGUGCCGACAAGCAUNGGGCUGGCAACGCUGUCCUGACUUACUUCAUUGGGGCUGUGCUCGAUACUGCUGGCUACCAUGAAUCAAUUGAACAAGCCAACAUUAACCUGGGCUACUCAUGCUUCCAAUUCGUAUUCGCUCUCACCGGAUGCGCUUUUGUCGACCGGUUUGGCAGACGUCCUCUCAUGCUCGGUGCCAUGGCUGGUUGCGCUGUUGUUUGGGUUGGUAUGACCACAGCCAGUGGCUUGUUCGCAGAUUCCAAGGACCCCGCCGCCGCUAAAGCGACCGUUGCCAUGAUCUUCAUGUUUGGCGCAGUCUUUUCCUUCGGUAUCACUCCUCUUCAGGCUCUGUACCCUGUCGAGGUACUGUCCUUUGAGAUGCGUGCCAAGGGUAUGGCCUUUUCGAGUUUGGCUGUCAAUGCUGGUGGUCUGCUCAAUCAGUUUGCUUGGCCUGUUUCUCUCAAGAAUAUCGGCUGGAAGACUUAUAUCAUCUUCAUCAUCUGGUGUGUCGCCCAGACUAUCAUCAUCUGGGUGUGGUUCCCGGAGACCAGAAACCGUACUGAGCUCGACGAUAUCUUCGAAUCUCCCAACCCAGUCAAGAAGUCUCUUGAGAAGAAGCAAGUUUUGGUCAGCGAGCAAUACGGUGUUGCUGUGAUUGAGAAGGUUGUGGCGUGA